GCCGAGCACAAAUCAGUGUGACAUACAAAACAGGAAAAGUUUGUGCUGCCGAUGAAACGGACUGUGCUGGUUGUAAGUUUAUCUGAACUCCAGACACAUUUUUGCUGAGGGACGUGUUGUUCACGUGCUGCCCCUGUAUGGGUUUACUUAGGGUUACUAAGCGGGUCGUAAGUGGAGCUCUGAGGCGGAGAGAUGACGGUUGUUAGUGGCUAGCUAAAUCAACACCAGCUGUACAGCUCAGAGGAACCGCUCUUAGCGCUCAUUACCCGGAGAUUUUCUUAAUAAUGUAUUGUUCUGUCUUUGUUUGAUGUGUGUUUAAUUUGUUUGAGCAGUGGAAAUGUCCGAGUUAAGUGACGAGGCCAGUGAGUCCGAGCAGCUGGGCUCCAGUCUCUCCCUGUGGCUGGGUGACCCCCUGCUGCGACCCGAGGAGCUUUACGUCCCGCUGGACCUCCACACCGCCUGCUCCAUCGGACAGUACGACGUGGUGGCUGAGUGCAUUAAAAGGCAUGAGGUGAACCUGGACGGCAAGAACAUUGGAGGAUGGACGCCCCUCAUGUAUGCAGCCUACAUUGGUCAUGACAACAUAGUAAACCUGCUGCUGGAGGCUGGGGUGAAUGUAAACGCGACCACAGCUAAGGGACUCACUCCUCUGAUGCUGGCUGCAAGCUGCGGGAAUGAGAGCAUUGCAUACUUUCUUCUGCAGCAAGGGGCAGAACUAGAGCUGAAGGACUCUCGAGGCUGGACGGCUCUGUUUCACUGUACAAGCACAGGCCACCAACAGGUGGUCAAGUUCCUGCUGGAUAACAACGCUGAUGCUAAUGUCAAGGAGCCGGGGUCUCGGUUUACUCCCCUGAUGGAGGCUGCAGCCUCUGGACAUGAAAUCAUUGUUCAGUACCUACUGGAUCACAAAGUCAAAGUUGAUGAUCGUAAUGCCAAAGGAGAGACUGCUCGCGCCCUCGCCAUGAUGUACGGCUACACGAAGAUCGCCAGCCUCAUUGACUCACGAUCGUCAAGGAAUAAACCAGGUCACUUUGAAGACCUGAGCUCCUCUGAGGACUCUGACAGUGCACCGCCGAGGAUCCGGCCCAGCCGGAGCCGAGCUAAAGGCGUUAGCAUCCAUGACGGGCCUCAGGCCAUUGCAAAGUUCAAAGUAGGAGGCAGCAGCACACUGCAUAAGCCUCCUGCUGAGCUGCCGGGCUUCGUGACGUUUCGUGAUCUAGGAGAGCAGAGUGAAGGAAUUUGCUACAGAGAUGUGACCUCACCCAUCAAUGAGCUGGAUGGUCAGAGCCACAGCAGCAGAGAUGACAGUCCAUUCUUUGACAACGACAUGCCUACUAUGAGGAGCAGCAGCAGCAGUGAAGGUCUGCCUCAUGUGAUCGCACUCAACUGGGAAGGGUCGGUGGAGAGCAACGAGGAUUCAGACCAAGGCAAAAAGAGCAGCUCUCGUAGAGUAAACAAGAGUCAUCACUCAAAAAGCAAGACUCGCCAUGGAAACAGCGAGUCAGCUCACAUCAGUGGGACAGGAAGCUGCAGCAAACACACCAGUGUUGAUCCCCUACCGUCCUACGCUGGUCCAAAGGAUCUGUCAGAAUUCCUGGAGCAGAUCGGCUUCUCCAAGUACCUCCCACUACUCGAAGAACAAGACAUCGACCUGCGGAUUUUUCUCACCCUGACAGAGAAUGAUCUGAAAGAGAUAGGGAUCACACUGUUUGGACCCAAACGUAAGAUGACCUCGGCUAUCGCAAGGUGGCACAGCAAUGCUCGACCACCCAGUGAUGCUCUGGAGCAGGCAUACGCCGACCAGCUGGAGGCUGAGAUGCAGGAGAUGGCCAUCCAGCUCCACAAGCGCUGUGAGGAGAUUGAGAGUCUGCAGAGCCAGGUGUCUCAGGAGAAGGAGCUGCGUACAGUAAUGGAGGGAUGCCUGAUGGAGGACAAAAUGGCUUGGAAGAGGGUCCAUGGUGAGCUGGUGGAGGACCACCGGCUGGCUCAGGACAUGAGCAGCACACUGACCAACCAGAGGGCCUGUCUGGCAGAGCUGCUCUCACAUCUGAAGGCUAAAGACAAAACUGAUAGUGUUGAUAAAAUUGCUGAGGAACGGAGAUGUUCCACUGUCGUAGAGUUUGUGAAGAAGAUGGAGUCUUACCAGGAGGAGAUGGGGACUCUGCAAACCAUCCUUCAGAGUCUGAGACGACUGAGUGCCCCUGAAAAAGUCUCAGACAGCUGGGAGCGACCUUAGACGACCCAGUGGAACCUGCCAACAUUCAUUUGACAGAGGGUGACUUAACCACCCUGAACAAUCUCAGUGAAACAGGAGAAACUGAGGCCGGCCCUGCUGGAGCACAGCGGCUCAACGGACAGCCUGGGCACGAUGCUCGCCUGCGAUUGGCUGAUGGUCUGGAUGAGGCUCGCUAGAUAAGGGCUGCUGCAGGAACAUGACAAGCAGGCAGGAAGGGUUCGUGACACUCGGACUGCUUGUGCUGGUGUGUGCUGGACUCCUCUGGUGGGGGUGUGCAAAUGCACGAAGGAGGAGGUGGUGAUGGUGGAUCAGAGGGGGCGAUACUGUGAAGUUCCCUCUAAACAAACAAUGACUUGUCUUAUUAAAAUGUGCAGUAUGUUAUGAGGGGUUAAACUCCAGAUUAAUUUUCUGUUUUAAGAUGAAAACUGCUUUUUAAAACUACUAUUUUAGCAAAUUUAGGAAAAGCAAUUUCAGAUUUGUCCUCAAAGCACAAACACCUGACAGUUCACGUUCUAAUAUCUCCACAUGUUGCUGCCAUGAGCUCUGAACAGUUUUAACCAGAAAUCCUCCAGAGUGUUUCUGAGAUAUCACAAUGUUUGUUCAAAUAUGAAAUUAAAAUUGAAUCCUGC